AUGCAGAUGACACCCGAGUCCUCCUCCGCCGCGCGCAAGGAGGCGAGGAAUAACUUCGACCAGAACCGCCGUGUUGGCGUCGAUACCGGCAUGCAGAUCAAUCAUGCGCUGGAGGUUGCGAAUAUUCUACGCCAUAACAUCGUGCAGGGUGCUAGGGAAGAUGGGGACGAGGCUGCUAAGUGGGGUACGUUUUCUGCUCUUUAUGAUCUCUUCUUCGACAGAUGGCACUUGUCCGGAUGUGAGAUCCGAGUUGGGUAUGGCUGGGUGCUGACUGGUGUUUCAGAACUUCGGAUCCAUGACGAGAUCGAACGGGGCGACAAUGAUUCUAUCAAGGUCGGCAAUAAGGACGUGAAGAUUCACAAGGCCUGCUCUUCAUGA